GCCCGGUGUAGCGGUCUUGGCGUGUCCGACCUCCCUCCGCUUCCUCACACGGUUCUCCGGCGCGGUUUCGGAGGCAGUGGACUUAGCCCCCGGCCAUGGACUCCCAGAAAGAAGCUCUACAAAGGAUCAUUUCAACUCUGGCAAAUAAAAAUGAUGAAAUUCAGAACUUUAUUGAUACACUAAAUCAUACACUAAAAGGAGUUCAGGAAAACUCUUCUAACAUACUUUCAGAGUUAGACGAAGAAUUUGAUAGUCUGUACUCUGUUUUGGAUGAAAUGAAAGAAAGUAUGAUUAACAGUAUCAAGCAGGAACAAGCUCGUAAAUCGCAAGAGUUACAGAGUCAGCUUAGUCAAUGUAAUAAUGCUCUGGAGAACUCUGAAGAACUGCUAGAAUUUGCAACACGGUCAUUAGAUAUAAAGGAAGCUGAAGAAUUUUCAAAGGCUGCCAGACAGAUCAAGGAUAGAGUAACAAUGGCUUCAGCCUUUCGCCUUUCUUUGAAACCAAAGGUCAGUGACAACAUGACUCAUUUAAUGGUGGAUUUUUCUCAGGAAAGACAGAUGUUGCAGACUUUGACGUUUUUGCCAGUCCCCAAAGCUCCAGAGAUAGAUCCCGUAGAGUGUUUGGUGGCUGACAACUCUGUAACAGUAGCUUGGAGAAUGGCAGAAGAAGAUAAUAAGAUUGACCAUUUUAUACUGGAAUAUAGGAAAACUAAUUUUGAUGGACUUCCACGUGUAAAGGAUGAGCGAUGCUGGGAGAUAAUUGAUAAUAUUAAGGGUACUGAAUAUACAUUAUCAGGCUUAAAGUUUGAUUCCAAGUAUAUGAAUUUCAGAGUGCGAGCUUGUAACAAAGCUGUGGCUGGAGAGUGUUCUGACCCAGUGACUUUAGAGACCAAAGCACUUAACUUCAGUUUGGAUAACUCAUCAUCCCAUUUGAACCUGAGAGUUGAAGAUACCUAUGUAGAGUGGGAUCCUACUGGAGGAAAAAGUCAAGAAAAUAAAAUGAAAGGAAAAGAGAACAAGGGCAGAAGUGGUACACCAUCUCCAAAACGGACAUCUGUAGGCUCCAGGCCACCAGCCGUAAGAGGCAGCAGAGAUCGUUUUACUGGGGAAUCAUAUACAGUGUUGGGAGACACUGUUAUUGAAAGCGGACAACAUUAUUGGGAGGUCAAGGCCCAGAAGGAUUGUAAAUCCUAUAGUGUGGGAGUAGCAUACAAGACUUUGGGGAAAUUUGACCAAUUAGGAAAGACAAACACUAGUUGGUGUAUCCAUGUCAACAAUUGGCUACAAAACACAUUUGCAGCAAAGCAUAACAAUAAAGUCAAAGCGUUGGAUGUUACUGUUCCUGAGAGGAUAGGUGUAUUCUGUGAUUUUGAUGGGGGUCAACUUUCUUUCUAUGAUGCACAUUCAAAACAGUUAUUAUAUUCCUUUAAGACAAAAUUUACUCAGCCAUUACUACCUGGUUUCAUGGUUUGGUGUGGUGGACUUUCUUUGAGUACUGGGAUGCAGGUUCCAAGUGCUGUGAGAACACUUCAGAAAAGUGAAAAUGGAAUGACUGGUUCAGCUAGCAGCCUAAAUAUUGUUACUCAGUAAUGCCUACCUACUCAGAAUAUGCAUACCCCCUCCUUCUGAUUGGGUGGCCUAAUCAUAGAAACUGAUGAGGGCGGAAAUGAGUUUGCUACGUUCUGCUUUAAGGCCUGGAAUCUUAGCGUUAAGCAUCUAGUACCAAGUAUUCACAGGAACCUACCGUGCAGUAUCAUAGAAGCAAAGCAGAGACUGAGCAAGAAGCUGGUAUUUUGAAGAGGAAAUGGAGGAAAGGGCAGUGUUUAAAUAGUUACAUAGAAACUCAUUUUUGUGUUUCUUGGAUUACUUUGGCUCUUCUAAUGUGUUUAGUUACAUACUAGGGCCUGAAGAAAAAGUGUUUAAAUCUUGCCCUCUUUCAUCUGUACUUUCUUUUUUUUGUCUUAUCACUACAUAUUAUUUAGUUCUUACACUGAAGCUUUUUAAAAUUCACAGUCCUCUGAGGUUUCCUAAAAAUUGAAAUAAUUGGUUGGGGAUUCUAGACAGGUUUUCUUACAAUGGUUUGUUUUUCCCCUUUUAUAAAUAAGUUGAGUUAUGCUAAAUUAUCCUCUUUUGUUUUGUUGACUAGAUUAUAUAUAAUUUUCGCUUUUCUAAAUGUCAUGGUAUUUUUCUUAUGGUUAUAACUCAAAAUAAAGAGUGGAUAGAGUUUCUAGACAUAAUAGCUUAAAUCACCCAAAUUUCAGUUUUUUAUCUGUUGCACUAACAGUGGCAAAGGGAUAUUCUUUAUACGUUGCUUUGUUUAAUUAGACUUUUUUUCAUUUCAUUGUUU